CUAUAGUAAAAAAGUUUUAACACCAGUUCUAACACUAACAGAACUGCUUGUCAUCGUAACAAAGCCGUUCACAAUGCAAGUGCCGUGGAACUUAAGAUUUGGGAUAGUCAUUCUUGGAGAUUCAGCUGUAGGGAAAUCAUCUCUUCUGCAUCGCUUCACUGAAGGAACAUUUGAUGAAUCCCGUCAGUCUCCACUAGGAAUUGAUUUCAAGGUGCAUAACAUGAACUUUGACCCUGAUGUUGUGAUCAAACUCCUUCUGUGGGACACUGCAGGCCAGGAAAGAUUUAGGUCCAUCUGUAAGUCUUACAUGAGGAAUUCUGUGGGCUGCAUUCUGAUGUUUGAUGUCUCACAGCGACAGACGUUUGAUCGUGUUUGCAGCUGGCAUCAGGAAGUCCUGGACUAUGUGAAACCAAACCCCAUGUUCUUCUUGCUUGUGGGUCAUAAGUGUGACCUGGCUGUGGGACGACAGGUCCGGAAGAGUGAAGGAGAAGCGCUGGCUAAAAAACUCAACAUGGUGGCUUAUCUUGAGGUGUCUACAAAGGAGAACAUUAACGUCAGCGAAGCGUUUGAGACCUUGACCAGAGGAAUAUAUAACCUCUUCAAGGAAGGCAAAAUACCCACCCGAGAUGACUGGCAGGGGUUAACGGUUGGGGCCGCCAUUAAAAAAGAGACACCUGAGAGUAAAAAGUCUGCCUGCUGCAACUGUGGAUGAAUUUAGUGUGUGUUUAAGGGUGUAGGCUACUCACACUAAGCACGGUUGCAUUGAACCGAGCCCGAGCGCGAUUGUCCCCUCUCCCCCGCUGACCUGCACUCAUAUAGGCCUUUUUCACAAGAAUCGGAAAUCACGUGACGCGGGGAAAAAGUUAGUUCCGCUAUGGGUCUACGGCUAUUAGAUUGAUAUGCUCUUUUCUCAAAUAUCGCUUCUUACCUUUUCUGUUUUGUCUGUUUUCCAAGUUGCUGUUGUAUAAUCUACAAAGAAAUUAUUUUCUACUUGUUUGUAGCUUAUAUGGCCACUCAGACCGUUGCUCGAAUUUACCGGCAGGUGGAUUUAUUUUACCAGCUGUCAUACAGUAUAGGCUAUGCAGCUACUCAUUCAGCAAUUCCCCUGAUCGUAUCAUGUACGACGAACAUUACUUAUAUCAUUUAUUCAUUAAAAAAAAUUAACUCUCAAUAUAUACUUCAAUGGGGGAUAUAAAGUCGUGAGAUACAUAAUAUUGUCGUGAGUUUAAUACAUUUUAAAAAUAUACAGCAUGUAUUAAUCUCAUAUGGCAUUACAUCCCACAUUCAAGCAUAUGUUAUAACUAAUCCUGAUCGAUUAAAAUGAUUAAACUAAGACAUAUUAAUUUCCAACACCACACUGUACACAACUAUCAGUCUUUGCAUUAAUGUUGCAACAGCACAAUAAUACUGUGCAUAAUACACACUUUAAGAUGAUGACGACAGAAAAAUAUGAGAGAUAUGACUGAAGUGUUUAUAUAUAUCCAGAAAUAUCCAGGGUGCGAGCGGUCCAUGAAUCAAAGGAUCAGGCUUGCGUGAUAAGGGAGCUGCCAGCUGAUCAUUUCCCCAGCACGUCGCAAAAAACACUCUAUACAUCCCAAAUGUGCAUACUAUCCACCCUAAUAGUACUGAAUAUUACUAAUGUCACAUAGACUACUAUUUAGGAUGGAUAGUAUGCACGUUGAGACGCAGGCACUGUCUUUACAGCACAUGGAGCGCGAUAAUGCACAGCUGCGCCAAACAGACACGAAGAAUAUAACCAGUUUAACCGCCAUCACUUCGAAUUAUUUAUUAAAUUUAGCUCUUAAUGAGAGCUCUGUAGUCUCACCAAUAAUUCACCAAGACCGUUCAAACAUUUUCAUGACAUUUAAUUCGUAAAACGCCUUUGCUUCCCGAGCUGGUUCUGAUCGAGGCUCGGCUAUCUAUCACUGUAGCCAGAAAAACUUUUACCCGGCGUGGAUCAUUCCGGAAACUAAAAACGAGGAAGUGUGCAAUAGGCCUAUUGCACUUAACGUUCCGUGCCGGAGCACGCUUACGUCAUAUACGAUGCAACUUUUUGAAUGGAAGAAAACAGGAAGAAAUGCACUUUCGCGCUAAUAUAUUUAUCAUUUAUGCCGCGCAACGAUUUUCACUUGCACGUAUCAGAGGAUUAUUACAAAGGCAGCUGAUAAUGAAGGAAUUUGCAGCUUUACUCGCAAACUACAAUUCCUGUUCAUCAAUCAGGUGAGAAGCAGACCCGUUAUAAACCCAAAUACACUCGAAUUAAUUACAUGAAUUGAUAAGUGUACUAUCAAAGUAGUAAUAAAGAUGUUUGCCGUCGUAAUGAUGACAGUAGUGCACACAAAAGUACUAGCUGUUCCGUGCUCCGGCGCGAUUAACGCUCACACUGCAUGCAAACCGUGCUCUGGCCCACCUCUUCCAAGCGGGCCAGGGACGGCUAAACGAACCGGAGCGAUCACACUUGUCAAACGAACCGGGCUUUGGGGGUCAAACGCGCUCGGGCACGGUUCAGAGCGCCUAGUGUGAGUACACCCUAAGACUCAAUUGGACAAUAAAAUACUGAAAGUAUUUUAUUGAAAAAGAUGUUUAUUGCAGUAUUUAACAUACAUACUAAAAUAGCAUUGAACUGCAUAAAGGGCUCAUAUCAUGAUAUAUCACAUCACACCUUAGUAUUUUUGUCUUGUUUUCCAGUACAAAUAUCUAAACAUGCUGAAAUCAAGUACAUUUCAUGCUGAAAAGAUACAUCUACUUGAGAAACAAAAUGACAUAUUAAGUAUUGCUUUCUGAAAAAUGUAUCAGAAAUGUAUAAUAUUUAAUAUUUUCUGACCCUUUUGUCAGAUAAAUUUUCUUGUUUUAAGCAUGAACUCACUUCAUUUGAUACAUGAUACAAGUCUUAAAGGAACGACAGCAUCAUUUUGUGAAAAGCAAAAUGAAAACUGUUCUUGGUGCAAAAAGAAAAGGCAUAUCAGUGAAAAAUAAAGUAAAAUUCUAAAAUAUGAUAUGAGCCCUCUAAAUUUCUGUGAACAACUGCAAUAUGUCACAAGGUUCUUUCUCUGUGCAUGUGUUUGUGGUUCAGUUUGUGAUAUAGAAAAAGGAAAUGGCAAUUAUGAACCUGUUCAGAGGAACUAAAACUGACUUCAUUUUUAUAGUAUUUUGUUAAAGGGAUAGU